AUUAGCGGCGCGGGGAGCGCGUGGAGGUGCGGCGUGGAGCCCACAGUGUCUCGUGUCUGGGACACACUCUGACACACCGCGCGCUGCACAAUGCUGGAAACCAAGUUUUUAUCCGCGCAAUGAAUCCUGCCAACGAAACCAGAGUCGAGAGAAGUACUGAACAUUAUCUUUUCACAGUUGGCACCUACAAACUUCUCGCUUUCACCAUCGGGACCAUUGGAGUAUUCGGCUUUUGUAAUAACGUUGUUGUCAUCAUACUCUACUGUAAAUUCAAGAGACUCCGGACACCCACAAAUUUGUUACUGGUUAAUAUAAGUUUGAGUGAUUUGCUGGUUUCUCUCAUCGGAAUAAACUUUACCUUUGCUUCGUGCGUCAAAGGCGGAUGGAUCUGGAGCCAGGCAACAUGCAUCUGGGACGGCUUCAGCAACAGCUUAUUUGGCAUUGUUUCCAUCAUGACUUUGGCAGCCCUGGCCUAUGAACGCUACAUCCGGGUGGUCCAUGCCCAGGUCGUGGACUUCCCCUGGGCCUGGCGGGCCAUUGCCCACAUCUGGCUGUACUCCCUGGCCUGGACAGGGGCUCCUCUGCUGGGGUGGAACCGCUACACUCUGGAGAUCCACCAGCUGGGCUGCUCUCUGGACUGGGCUUCAAAGGACCCAAAUGAUGCCUCCUUCAUCCUCUUCUUCCUCCUGGCCUGUUUCUUUGUGCCUGUUGGUGUCAUGAUCUACUGCUACGGGAACAUCCUCUAUACAGUGCAGAUGCUGCGCUCCAUCCAGGACCUCCAGACGGUUCAGAUCAUCAAGAUCUUGCGGUACGAGAAGAAGGUCGCCGUUAUGUUUCUCCUGAUGAUCUCCUGCUUCCUGGUGUGUUGGACGCCCUACGCUGUUGUGUCCAUGAUGGAGGCCUUUGGCAGAAAGAGCAUGGUCUCUCCCACGCUGGCCAUCAUCCCCUCGUUCUUUGCCAAGUCCAGCACAGCCUACAAUCCCCUCAUCUACGUGUUCAUGAGCAGAAAGUUCCGGCGCUGUUUGCUGCAGCUGCUCUGUUCGCGGCUCUCUUGGCUGCAGCGCAGCCUCAAAGAGCGCCCCCUGGCUCCAGUCCAGCGGCCCAUCCGGCCCAUCGUCGUGUCCGGCGCAUGUGGCAGCAGGGACCGACCCAAAAAGAGGGUGACCUUCAGCUCCUCCUCCAUCGUUUUCAUCAUCACCAGCGAUGACUUCCGCCACCUUGAUGUGACCUCCAAGGCUGGAAGUUCCUCGGAGGUCAAUGUCAUUCAAGUGAGGCCACUGUGAUCCUCAAGGACUGGACUUCUCACCCCACCACUCAGUAUGCCUUAGGACAUAACAUGCAAUUCCAAACCAAAUAAUCCUGUCUGACCUCCUGAGACGUUCCUGCGUCUAAACACAGUUACAGAUUUGUUACUAAUCAACUGUAAAUAUCCCACUGUCAACCCAAGAUCUCAUCAUAACCUGUUUCCUGAUGAAAUUGUGACAUCCUCAUCUGACAUCAGCUGUGGUGACAUUCGUACAUAAUGAUGUAGUUAACAAUUAUGUUUCUCUUAGAAAAAGAAUCACACUUGUUUGUCAAAUAUGCCAUUUAGUAUAUGUGACAACUGUAGGACUGUGUCGAGCAUUUAGAGGCCAGUGGUGUUAAGGACCUGAGUUUGGAUUAGCAUGUAAUAGUAAAUUGUUUUGGUUGGUACCCAACUGCAAUUGUGUAAAAUGGAAAAUAAGCCUUAGCUCCUUAGCCAUAAACCAUAGUACACAAACUGACAUUACUGUGUAUGGAUUCAAU